AUGGCUACCUUGGAGUUGUCUGCCGUGUCGUCGCGUCUGGCCACUGUGGAGGCUACCAACGUCCUCCAGAAGAACACCCCCGCUAACACCAAAGCCGCAUUCUUCGGCGCUUCCGUUCGCCACACCGCCAACGCGGCCUGCCGACGCCGCUCGCAAACCGUGCGCGCGGAGGCUCCCGCGGAAGGUGCCAAGGCGAACGUCGCGAGCCGCCCCGCCGUGUCGCAGGAUGGGGAGUUGGCGCUGCAGAGCCAGCGCGUGAGCAGCGGCAAAUCGCUCGUGCCGCCCACUCCUAAAGACUUUGUGUCGCGCUACGGCGACAACGAGCCGCGCAAGGGCUGCGACAUUCUCGUGGAGGCCCUCGAGAGGGAGGGCGUGCGAACGCUCUUCGCUUACCCUGGCGGCGCGUCCCUCGAGAUUCACCAGGCGCUGACGCGGUCGCCGAACAUCCGCACGAUCCUGUGCCGGCACGAGCAGGGUGAGGUGUUCGCCGCCGAGGGCUACGCCAAGGUCUCGGGCCGCGUCGGCGUGUGCAUCGCGACGUCCGGACCCGGCGCGACGAACCUCGUGACGGGAUUGGCUGACGCGAUGCUGGACUCCGUGCCGCUCGUCGCGAUUACCGGCCAGGUGCCGCGGCCGUUUAUCGGGACUGACGCGUUCCAGGAGACGCCGAUCGUGGAGGUGACACGGUCGAUCACGAAGCACAACUACCUCGUCAUGGACGUCGAUGAUAUUCCGCGCAUCGUGCGCGAGGCGUUCUUCCUCGCCGCCUCGGGUCGCCCCGGCCCCGUGCUGAUCGACGUGCCCAAGGACGUGCAGCAGACGCUCGCCGUGCCGUCGUGGAACCAGCCCAUGCGCCUCAACGCCUACCUCUCUCGCCUGCCGCCGCCGCCGCAGCGCGCGCAGGUCGACCAGAUCCUCCGCCUGCUGCGCUCCUCCAAGCGCCCCGUCGUCUACCUCGGCGGAGGCUGCCUGCACGCGGCGGACGAGAUCCGCGAAUUCGCGCGCCUCACGGGGGUCCCGGUGGUUUCCACCCUCAUGGGUCUGGGCGUGUACGAUCAGUCGGCGCCAGAUGCGCUGCACAUGCUGGGCAUGCACGGCACGGUGUAUGCUAACUAUGCGGUUGACGCGUCGGACCUGCUGCUGGCUUUCGGCGUGCGCUUCGAUGACCGCGUCACCGGCAAGCUCGAUGCCUUCGCAGCACGCGCCAGCAUAGUGCACAUCGAUAUCGACCCCGCGGAGAUCGGGAAGAACAAGGAGGCGCACGUCAGCAUGCACGCGGACGUGCGCCCCGCGCUCGCGCUGCUGAACGCCGCCAUCAAGGAGGAGGUCGCGGAGGGGCGCCCGCUGCCGUCGUACGCGGAGUGGCGCGACGAGUGCCGCGAGCAGAAGGAGAAGUGGCCGCUCAAGUACCCCAAGGUGGAAGAAGCCAUCCUCCCCCAGGAGGCGAUUGAGAUGCUGUAUGAAAUCACCAAGGGCGAGGCAGUCAUUGCAACGGGCGUGGGGCAGCACCAAAUGUGGGCGGCGCAGUUCUUCAAGUACCAGCAGCCACGCCGCUGGAUCACCUCGGGUGGGCUGGGCUCCAUGGGCUUCGGCCUGCCCUCCGCUCUUGGCGCCAUUGCCAGCAAUCCAGGGCUCCCUGUGAUUGAUAUUGAUGGGGACGGGUCGUUCAUUAUGAAUGUCCAGGAGCUUGCUACGAUUACUGCGGAGAAGCUGCCAGUGAAGAUCAUGAUUCUGAACAACCAGCACCUGGGCAUGGUGGUGCAGUGGGAAGAUCGGUUCUACAAGGCCAACCGUGCACACACGUUCCUGGGUCUGCCAGACCAGGAGGACGAGAUCUUCCCCGACUUCACCAAAUUCGCUGCCGCCUGCAAGGUGCCUUCGGAGCGCGUCACACGCAAGGCGGACCUGCGGGGGGCCAUAGAGAGGAUGCUGGCAGCAGAGGGGCCGUACCUGCUGGAUAUCAUUGUGCCGCACCAAGAGCACGUGCUGCCCAUGAUUCCGGGCGGCAGGACCUUCAAGGAUAUUAUCACGGACGGCGAUGGCCGGCAAUCCGUCUCGGCUCAUAAAGUAAUCAGUAUACGGUUCAAGGCUCGCACCUUCUCAAUGACCGAAAGACUCCGAUACUUGGCGCUGUUACUAGGAACCCUAUGGAUCGCCCAAUCUCACUCUGUUCAAGUCGUCUCCGCCAAGAACCCGCUUUACAUAGUCCGCCUGCGCUCCGCGCCUCCGCUCACCGCGUAUCGCGGCGGGAUCCCCGGAUACCCCGCCACGGCGGUGUGGGCCGAUGACCCCGACGACGACGGCGGCGGAGGCGGCGUCUCCGCGGCCGCCGCCGCCGCGGCGGGGGGGAACCAACGUCCGCGCAUCAACAUGCGCGCGGCGCACGUGACGGCGUUCGCGCAGCUGCUGCAGCGGCAGCAGGCGCAAGUCGCGGCGGAAGCGGAGAUCGCGGCGGGCCAAGUGCUCUACAACUUCCGCCACACCACCAACGGGUUCGCGGCGCCGCUCACGCCCGCGCAACUGCGGAGAUUAAGGCGGCACCCGUCCGUCGCGUCUGUGCGGCGCAGCCGCGUGUUCCGCAAGCUGACGACCGCGUCGCCCACGUUCUUGGGAUUGCCGAGCAGCGUGUGGCCCGCUGUGGGCGGGCGGAACAACGCGGGCGCGGGGAUGGUGAUUGGGAUCGUGGACACGGGCGUGUGGCCGGAGCACCCGUCGUUUAGUGGAGGGGUACGUGAUAUUGGUGAAGCACGCCCAGUGGGGUGGGCGGGCGCAUGCCAGAAGACAGCCGACUUCUCCUCCUGCGGCAACAAGCUCAUCGGCGCGCGCUACUUUGUGUCGGGCUUCCAGAGCGAGAAUGGCUCCCCGGACCUCACGUACGACUGGCUGUCUCCGCGCGAUGCUGCUGGCCACGGCACCUGGUGUGCGGGAGCCGCGGCGGGCAACAGCGGCGUGUCAUUUGGUCAAGUGGGCACGGCCUCGGGCAUGGCGCCAGCAGCGCGCUUAGCAGUCUACAAGGUCUUCUGGACGAGCGCAGGCGACCAGUUCGCUACAGAGGCGGACAUAAUCGCCGCCACCAACCAGGCUGUAGCGGACGGUGUGGAUGUGCUCUCGCUCUCGCUGGGCGGCGGCAGCGCUGACGCGACUUAUUUCGACGAUAUUCCGUUUCUGAAUGCCAACACGGCCGGCGUGUUUGUGGCGUUUGCAGCGGGCAAUUCCGGGAGGCCGAGUGGGAGUAGCAGCUUUAGCACGUACCGCACCAUCAGCAACUUCUCGCCUUUCUACCUCACUGUGGGGGCCAGCACCAUUCAACGAGGAGGUGUGUCUCUCGCCAGGCGGGCACCGACCAGAAAGGCUGCUUCUGCAGGCAAAGCUGUUGUGGCUGCUUCCAACCACUCCAGCACAACGCAAUCCACCCCAUCAGCAGCCUCCUCCUCCCCCACCGCCAAACCCACCACCCAAUCCACCCCACACAAGCCCACCACAACCGCCGCAUCUCCCCGCCGCACCGCCGCAGCCGCCGCUCCCACCGUCGCCUCGUUCUCCUCCACCGGCCCUCUCGUCCGCCCCUGGACCGCCUCCCAAGGCGCCCAGGCCACCAAUGCCAUCUUAAAGCCCGACAUCAUCGGCCCGGGGGUUGCUCUCUUCUCCGCGUGGGUCGGCUCUGACGUGGGCAACACGGGGAGCUACGCGCAGCUGUCGGGGACGUCGAUGGCGACGCCUCACCUGGCGGGCAUCGCUGCUCUCAUCAUGCAGAAGUAUCCCUCGUGGAGCCCCGCGCAGGUCAUGUCCGCCAUUAUGACCACCGCAUUAACCACCAACACGGCGGGUACCGCCAUUAAGAAUGCAUACGGAUCGGUGGCAACGCCGUGGGAGAUCGGCGCGGGACACGUGUUUCCACCCAAGGUCCUCGACCCAGGGCUUACGUAUGAUGCCCGGCAAGCCCACUACCGGAAUUUUCUCGCUGGGAUGAGCCUUUCUACGGCGCAGACAGAGUUUCCUGGGGCUAAUUUGUCGCCCAUUGCUCCCCGGAAUCUCAACCGGGCGAGCAUCUCGGUUGCGCGGAUGCGAGGGUCUGUGGUGGUUAAGCGGGUUGUCACGAAUGUAGCGUCUGCAGCAUCGACGUAUACGGCUGCUGUUGUAGCUCCUGCCGGGGUGUCUGUGACUGUGACUCCCAAGAGCUUCACUAUACAGCCAGGGGCAAGGCUGGUGUAUAGAUUAUAUCUGAAGGCUACUAGAGUGUACGAUAACUUCCAGUUUGGAAGCAUUACUUGGACGGACGGCAAGGGACACUCGGUAAGGUCUGUGCUUGCUGUACAGCCGUCAGUCUUACCUUAA